AUGGAGAAGGCCCCGCUGCUUCCUGCAGGAGAAAGCUCCGUUGCGCCAAGCUGGCCCGUGGUGCAGCCACCUGAGCCUGCCUACAGCACCCUGAAUGAUUGCCAGACGUGCUUGCGUUGCCCGUCCGCGUAUGGUUGUGGUUGCUGCAGCGCGCUGUGUUAUGCGACGCUGGGUCUAGUCGUGUUUGCCUUGUUUCUCGUCCUUUAUCCUUUCGUGGCUGCACUGGCACUGGUGCUGCUGCUCCUGUUUGGGUGGUUAGUGGGUUAUUUGAUGGUUUAUCUGAUUUGCUUGAGACCACCUCCAGCUCUGGUUUGGAAGGGUGCCAAGCUUCUUCAGCUCACGCGGCUGACUUUUUACCAGCUGCCCAAGGCCGCGGAGUGGAGAGUCACAGACUUGAAGCCGAAGGCAAAAUUGGCAACCGGCCUGCUGCAGUAUGCCAUUGCGGUACGGGUGCCGUUUCUCUCAGAGGACGAGCUUUAUGCAGGUGGACUCUUCGAGUCGCUGGUGCGGCUCGCUCCGUCUGCCGAGUUCAUGACUUCCUCGAUGUUUUUCUCAGCGCCGCCAGCAAUCAGCAGCUUCAGCAGCUUCAGACAAGGAGAAAACCCAGUUGAAUAUGUCAUGGAAGUCUGUCGGGACAUCUACCCCAAAGUGGUGCAGGAAUGGAAAGACAAGACUUCGGAUCGAGCCUUGGCCCACUUCUGUCUGCACGGACUUGGGGCGCACCGUCUGGAGAAGGCGGAUCCGUCGCUCCACCCUGGCUGUGCAUACGUGGUGCGAACGAAUCAACUGGCUGCGCUGCCAGUUAGGGACGGAUUCGAGCACUACGGUAACGAUGUGUAUUUUGAUAAGGACUUCAAGGUAUUCAAAAUCGUCCGUGAAGAGCAGGUGGAGCCGUGGGAGAUGCCAAAGUCAACCACCUUUCUUCCUGAUGGUUCCAGAACGUGGGAGUAUGCCAAAUUCUGUUUCCGCAGUUCCUUGUUUUCAUUCGUCACUCUUGUGGACCACCUGUACGGGUGUCAUCUGCAGCUUGCGAACGUCGUUGUGCAGGCAAUGCGUGAGCAGCUCUCAAGCGAUCAUCCGAUUCGACGCUUUCUGCUGCCAUUCUCGUAUGGAACAAUCAACAUCAACGACCUGGCAAGGCAGACCCUCGUGACGCGAGAUUCUUUUGUGCCCCAGCUUCUCCCCUUGGACAACGAGGGUCUGCAGCUCGCUUGGGCCUCGGCGUACAAGCUUCUGCCACCCGAGUAUGUGCUGGACACUUCUGGAAGUGAGGGGCCGGUGGAGCUCAUGGAGGCAUUGUUUGACAGGGAGAAGGCCAUCAGGCGCAAGCAAGAGCAGGGGCUGGCUACUGCGUAUUAUCAGCAAGCGUUGAGGUAUUGGCACAUUUUGCGGAAGUUCGUGGCAGAUUACUUGGAUCACUACUAUGGGACCGGUUCACGUGGAGAGAUGGCACUCGCAGCAGAUGAGGAGCUGAAGCUAUUCUUGCUGCAGACGGUCACGCAGCUGCAAGCUUUCUCGGAUCCUUUUUCCACUGGGCAGGUGCAUGAGCUGUGGCCGUCUGUUCCGAAUUCCCGCAAGAAGCCGAUCUAUAUUGACUUCUUGACGCGCUUCUGCGAGCUCGUUACGGUGGGGCAUGAGCAGGUGGGCCAGGUGCAAGCCUAUGCGCAAGAUGCAUCGUUUUGCACGUUCUCCUGGUCCAAGAGUUUACGGCAAGAAGGCCCGCUUGUAGGACCCAAAGAGGUAGCCCUGGGAGGAGCCUUACUGAUGGCUCUGACAAGCACUCCGAUGCCGCGAUUGCUGGCACAAAGUCCAACCGAUAACUGGUCGCAUGUCUUCCCGGGCAUGUCGGAGGGUGAUCGAGCCAAAAUAUUCGGCGAUUUCCAGGACGAGUUGCGCAAGUUCUCUGCCGAGUGUGACGAGUACAACGCAACGGCGGCGGAGCGACCCUUUCCGAACGACUUCGGACUUUGGGUUUUCAAUCCCAAAUUCCUUGAAACUAGCGUGUCCAUUUGA